CAUGUAGAAACGUUGUUACUACACCAGCUCGUUUUUAAUCACAUACAUUUUAAUAUUAACGUAUAUGUUAUGUUUACUAAUAACCCUUUCCACCAUGUUUGACCCAUGAGGCUCAUGGGAAAAAAAAACAAGUGGGUACUUUGUUGCGAGCCGGUCACAUUUUGCAGAUGCACUUGACCAGUCAGGCCCCGGGGAUGGCUGCAGCCUGGCCGAGUACAUCCAGAAAGGGUGCCAUCAAUCUCCACUCUGACGCCAAUCCAAACGACGAGGAUUUUGACAGAAUUGAUGAUCUGUUUGAUGAGGCCGUGCUUCCGGAUUCAGUUGAUAAGGAUGAGGACAUGACUUCAAAUGCAGAUGCUGGAAGGAAAACGCCAACAACAGCGGAGAAUGACGGAGAUAAUGUCAAGACGGGCUUAAAGGAGCCAAACGAUCCGCAAAAAUUCCCUUUAUAUGUAGGACCUUUUUCCUGGUGGACAUCUGACGAAGACGUCUUGUCUGUGGCCCAAAGGUUAGACGUAAGGGAUAUCGAGGAGAUCAAAUUUGCAGAGAACAAAGCAAAUGGCCAAUCAAGAGGCUAUGCAAAGUUGGUGGUGACUUCAGGAAGGUCCGCAAAAAUAUUGUUGGAUAAAAUACCACAAUGUACGAUGGAUGGGGAAAAAAUAGACUGCCGCCUUGCCACUCAGCAAAACUUAACUGUGUUCGAAUAUGUUGCAAACAAACGCUUCCCAAUGCGCAGUAAUUCCAGGGACUGCGAUUCGCUGGAGAAUACGCCAUUACCCCGGAACAACAACCCUCCUCGCAGUAUACCCACUCACUUCCCGCCGCAUCCCCUCGGCAACAUAUUUCCCUCACAUUCCAGCCCUUUCCUCGGCCAGCCACCACCUCCCUUCCCACCUGUGCCCCCCAACAUCCUCCCUCCUCCUUUGUUUCCUCCUCAACUUUUCAACGCUCCGAGACAGCCGUCUCCAAGUCUGCAUAUCAAUCCAGCCUACAUCUCACCACCACCAGAAAGACACAGCAGGCUUUCUUACAAUAUGCAAAAGGGAGACAGGGAUUAUGAGGAGCUGUUGAACAGAAAUAGGGCUGUGGCUAGCAGCGCCAUUACCAAGGCCGUGACCGGCGCAACAACCGGAGACCUGCGGGUAGCCAUGGAAACGCUGUUAACGGCCAUCGCCAUCAUUAAGCAGUCCAGAAUAUACGGAGAUAAGCGCUGCCAAGCCCUGGUCACCUCCCUCAAAGACUGCCUGGUGUCCAUCCAGGGAGACUCUGGCCACAGCAGGAGUGGCAGUCAUUCAGACACCCGGGUCAGAGAUCGGGAGCGCCACAGAGAGGAGUUGCCUAGUUGGGAAGGAGCCGGAACAUCCCGGAGGCACAGGGAACGUUCCCGGAGUCGAGAGAGGGAAAGGGAGCGCUUGCGGGACAGGCACAGGGAUCAGAGAGACCGCUACCGCUGACUCGGUAAGAUUGUAUCGUCACAGCUUCGUGGUCCACUUUGACAUCGCAACACUUAAAACGUCACAUCCAAGCCAGAGGAGACUCCCCGAUGAUGCUGUCUGUUAGCAUUUCUCUCACAAUAGCCUUUCACUUCUUUUUUCUUUUUAAGACCAUGUUGAUUGCAGAACGUAUUGACAAACUGGUACGCCUACUUUCUGGGGUCUACUCAUGAUUCGGUAACUAACACUAGAACAAGGGCAUUUGUUUUUGAUCGGCACUACUCUUAAAAAGUGAGGGAUAUUAAUCUGGAAUUUCAGGAUGAAGCUAAAAUGCAUGUAAUUAAUUUGGAAUGUCCAACUGUUCAAAGUUUUAGUAUUAGUUUUAAAACUUGCUGAUCUCUAACAAGGAUGGCAAAAUCCCUACAAGGUUUCUGAUCCUUGAAUGGAUCAAUGGUCAGUGUAGGUUUUUUGCUUUCAAAUUUGAUUUCAUGAUUGGGAUUUGAAAAACAAAAAAACAUAGGAUUACUGUCAUCCCUAGUCUCAAAUAUUGUCUUCACUACAUAUUUAAUUUUUUAAAGCCUAUUGUACAAUUUCUUGUUCCUAAAUUAAGUCUUUUAAAGCCUAAAAAUGGCUAAAUAAACAAAACAGAAGUACAAUACAAUACAGUAGUAGUAUUAGCCACAAGAGGAGAGCACAUCUAUCAGAGUGCGU